AUGCGGCAAUCAUCUGAAAUUAAAUUUAACGUUGGCAGUGACGAUGAAAGGGGUACACUAGGCGAAGAAAUGACAGUUGCUGACUAUUUUGCUAAAAAAUAUAAAAGAACAUUAAAAUAUCCAGAUUUACCAUGUAUCAAUGGAAUGGCCGGCUCAAGAAACCAAGCCAAUUCGUUACCAAUGGAGAUAGUUAAACUCGUGGAAUGGCAACGAUGUUUCAGACCAUUAGAUAGUGUUCAACGAAAACUUGUUACAACAAUGUCGAGUGCUGGACCCAAUGCGAGAUACCAACAAAUAAUGGGUUAUGUUCAUGACCCUCGUAUUUUACCAGCGCCCGAAGUAAUAUAUCGCGCACAGCAGCAAGAGGACGUUGUGGAACAUGUUAGUAUCGGUAAAUGGGCGAUUCGUGACCACUUUUAUACAGUACCCGAUAUUCAAAAAUGGGCAGUCUUGUAUUUUGCUGAUGAAAAGCCAAAUGAAGUCGUGAUUAAUGUUUUAAACGAGUUUUUAUAUGAGUUAACAAAAGUACAGUAUGAAUUGUUUUCUUAUUCUUAUUUUCUAGUUUAUUUUAUUUUGUUUAGCUUCUCACUCGUUUUGGUAUACAAUUGCGUAAUAAGCCAUACAAAACCACAAAACCAGCAAGACAAACAGA